AUAAGUAGUCAAACAGUAGGUAGGUAGGUACCUUCCUUGAAUAUAAUAAAUAAUUGUUUUACCCAGUGAUAUAUAGCGAUUUAUUACAAAUAAAUACAACAAUUCUUGACAAUCUAAUAAAACAUGAUUGAGACCUGCUCUAAACGAUGCAUGUUGCUAGGAACUGUAAGUUUGGGAAUCUUGACACUAGUAGUGUUGAUUUUAGAGUCACAUCUGGCUGAUACGCUUUCUGGUACCCAGAGGAGAAAUAAAACAUUCCCAACAGAAACAAAUUCAACUUGUUAUCAACAUAAGCCAUAUAAGAUAAUAAGUGAAUGUCAUCCUUGUUCAGACUUUGAAAUCAAAAGUGAGAGCAUAGGUGUAUGUAAACAUACCAGUUUCAAGGAAAUCUUACAAUGUGAUAAUGGAGAAAUGGUAACCAGAAGCUGUGACAGAGUUGCAUACUUAGAAGAAAGAGCCUAUUGGAAGUUCACUAUAUGGUCUUUUGUGACCGGAGCAGCUUCUUCCAUCGCUGUUAUGUUAAGGAUGAGAGUACUAAACUACAGGGCCAAGAGGAGAGCUCGGCAGAUCCUGAGCAAUGGAUCAAUAUAGUUCUUUAAUCAUUAACAUUUUUUUUAUUACAAAUCAUAUGAAUCUGAAAAAAUAUUAUGUUCAUAAAUGGUCUGAAAGGCAUAUGAGUUUUUUAUAACAUAUGCUAAGUUGUUGUGUUUAAAAGCCAAAAGCAAUUGGGUGAUUCAAUGUAACAAGUGAGACUAUUGAAGAAUUAGGUAUAUUAAAACUAUUUAUUAAUCAAAAAGUAUUUUUAAUAACUCUGAAAUAACUUUAACAUUGACACUAUUCCCUAAUAACCUGUAACACUGUUUCAUAGUGAUAUUAUCUGGAAAGGCAUAGUUUUUCGGGAAUGCCAUUAAUGCUAGAACUUCCUUGGGGGUGAAGUAACGUAAUUUUAAUGUUUGUAAGCAUUUCACAUACUCUUCACUACCAUACUCAUGCAUAUUUGCCAUUUUAAAACAAUUCUCUAUUGCUUCUGGACCUGCCUCGGUGAACACUGAUCCAGUACCAUCAACAUAAUGAGUAUAUGCUUUUGUAAAACAGCAUGUUCUGCUGGACUCUUUGUGACAAACAUCAAAUACAUUCCCCUUUCGUAAGAAUUUGUCUUUAACUAAGAAUGUUUCAGGCACAACAGUUUCUAAAAUAUCAUCCAAUGCAUAUGGUUUUCCAAAUUCCUGUGGAAGUUGGGUUAUCUGCAAAAAGAAAAAAUGAACCUAUGUUCAAUGUAAUCUUUUGUAACCUAUAUGCUAGAGGCAGACAAGUAAUUAUCAUUUUAAUCAAUGUUAGAAAUUUUUCAACUGGGAUUAUUUUUUACAUAAAUUCCCAUUUGUCCCCAGGGGGGACCAAAUAAUUGUAUCAAAUUUGUGCAACUUACAAGUUCUCCUUUUCUCUUGAAAUUCCAUAAAGCAUCAGUUCUUCUAGCAAUGCAAUAGUAUCUCAAACGUUUAUUUGGUAUACCAACAGAAGAUGGGCAUAAAAGAAAUUCUUGAUAAUCAAAUUUAAUCUCUUCGAGCUUCUCAAUAAAGAAAUUCCUCACAGUGGAGUUCUCAAAACCCUUUACAUUUUCCAUUAAAAUAUAUUCAACUGUGUCUAAUUCACUUAGGAUGCCAAUUAAAUACAAAAACGAAUUUGUUCUUGGAUCAUUAUGAUCAAGGAACUUGCCAUUUCUUGUGAAAGGCUGGCAUGGUGGGGACAUUAAGAUAGUAUUUACAUUAUAACCCUUAAGUUCUGAUAAGGUCAGGGCUUGAAUAUUCCUAGUUAUUAAAUUCGUUUUGGGAAAAUUGUAGGUGUAAACUUCAUUAGCCACAGUAUUGAUAUCAACAGCUGUUAUUAUUUCGCCUGGCAAUUUGGAAUC